UAAGAUGGAUACAAUUAACGAAUCACCUGCCCAGGAUAUUCCUCAGCGGACAAAGUCGAUUCUCGUUCAUCAUGGAUCUGUCGACACUGACGACGAAAGUUUUUUUCGGACACCCAUGCGCCCGAGGGCAAAUACUGACCCAAUUUCACCACGUCCGUGUUAUCAUGUGCGUUUUGAUCUACCAGAUAUCGUUGUUGACGAUUGUAGUGAUAAUGAUGAGGAAAAUGUUGACCGCUCACGCCCUGAGGAAAUAAACAAAGAGUUAGCAAACACUGAAGAAGGUGCGUUUUUUGUGUUUAAAUCUCCACCGCGGCAACGCUCAAAUACAUGCCCGGUGAAUAUGUUUAGCAAGCAUAAAGAACGCCGGAAUAGACCCCCCACACCACCUCCCGCAGAAAAACUACCUGAGGACACUUUUCCCCGCUAUCCUUCUUGGGAAAAAGUUCAGUUUUCGCCUCACUCAUUAACAAGUGUUGAAGAAGCACGCGAGUUUGUUGUUACUCAGGAAAAAAGUGUGACUAAGUCAGAAUCACCCACAAGAUCAAGGAAAACAGUGCAUACAAGAACGGUAAAAUCAUCGUCAAUGAAGGAGUUUAAAAGUUCUUCUCCGAAACGGUCCGUGCCUAGAUUACCUAAUGGGCAUGUUGGAGCUAAGUCAAACACUAUACACACGACGGCGUGAGAGUAUUAAGAAUAUAUAUAUAAAUAUAUUGUGAACAAAUUUUAAUUUAAAAGGUUCACAGUUUAUACGUGUUUAUUUAUUUGUAAGAUAUGUUUUUUCUGGAAAAUUUAUUUUUAUUUGUUCAUUAAAUAUCUCUAUUAACGUGGCUUGGGUACAUUUAAGUAUUAAGUAGUACUUUAUUCAUUGAAUAAAUAAUUAAAUGUAUUGAAAGUACAUUAGUAGUCAUUUUUUGUUAAUAUUGUACGAUUGCACGUUAUACAAAUGUACGUAGUUUGCUUAUACCUAUAUUUUUCCAUUUUACAACAAAUGGAGAAAAAACCCACAAAAAUGUUUAGUUCUUUUAUAACACAUGUAGAAAACGUUGAAAACAUAUGUAGAAAACGUUGAAAUCAUAUAUAAAAGAAUAGUGUCAAUUGCAGGUUUUUUCCAUCAAUGUUUUUGACAUUUGAAAACUAUUUUCGUACUUUGUUACUCAACUAGGUCUAAAAUGAGAUAGUUAUGUAUUCAUACACAAUAAAAAAAACAAAUUUCUUUUUGAUGUCAUUGUAAUACAAAUUCGUGCUUAAAUGAACGCAGGCCACUUUGUAAAUGUUAUUUGCAUAAUGUAUGAAUAAUUGUACAAAUUUAAAAAGCCUAGUUACGAGAUUUGCUUUAUGGAGCUUUUUUAUUGUUUUGUAUCUAUCUAGGAUAAAAUGUGAAAAGCUUUGAGGUUACUGUAUAAAUACAGAAAUUCUUAUCACUCCUUAUUGUCAGCUAUGAAAACAAGUAAAACGCUAUAGGCGUGAAACUUCUGUAUUGUAACUUGUAUGUUAAUGUCCGUACAUACUGAGACAGGUUUGUUAUAUGUUGACAUAAUAGUUAACAUACAUUUACAUCGUGUUUACAUUUUCUGUGAAGCAAGUACGAGUAUUAGUUGUUUAAGGAGAAUAUUCUUUGUUAAUAUAUUGUCUAUGAUAACAGAAAUCAGUAUUGAUAGGUAGUCUUUACAUUCCAUAAAUGUCUGAAUUUAAAAAAAAGGAGAUAAGUUUGUAUUGUUCUCAUUAUAUUUUGUUUAAACAUGUUUAAGACUUGUUACCUUAUUCAUAAAAGUGACAAUAGUAUGGUGGAAUGUCUAAUUGCGAUAGUAAUGUAAACAAAGUGUAGAUACGCAGUUUAAACAAUAUACAAUGGACUUUUAUAUAAUUAUGUCAGGGUCAUUUUUUGAGAGUUGAAGGUUGUAGUUUUACGCACAUAUUUGAAAUUGUAUUUUUUUCUUCUUCCUAGUUAUUAUAGAUAGUAUUUGUUUAAAUUAGUUAUGAAGUUGAAGGGAAUACGAGAACAGUUUAAUGUGUACUUUAACUAUUGAAGUGUGCUUAAAAUGUACGGUUUAAAUGGUAAUAAAUGCUUGAUAAAUAUGACAAUCAAAAACUGUUGCUCAGUUUGUCAGAUAUAAUCGAGUGUGUGAUUCAUGUUAACACCGAACAAAAAUCGGUUUGAUAAUAAUGAAAUAUGUUUAUUGUACGUUUUAUUGCAUUUUCGUUUUUUUUUCGUUUUUUUUUGUUUUUUUUUCAGAAAGAAUACCUAGAAUGAAAAAUACAUAAAUCCUGAUUGGUAGUAAUAAAUCAUUAAUUCUGAAUAUAAUCCCGCAUUGAAGUUACAAGAAUUUAUUUCUGUUAGCGGAUUUUGUUUUAUUUGUUGUGCGUGACAAGAUUUCUGUUUUAGUGUUUGUUUUUAACUAUCAUAAUUCAACACAUAUAGUUUUAUUUUUUAAUUCAAGUAAUGAUUUCAUUUUAUGUUAAAGGUUUAAACCCUGUAUUUCUUCAUAGUAGUGUUAGGUUUACAAGCAGAACAGUUUUUUUAAGAUUUCUUUUAAAUAACAGAAUGAAUGAUUCUUAUAGGUUUCUUUCUUUCUUUCUUUCUUUCUUUCUUACAUUCUUUCAUUCUUUCUUUCUGCCUUUCCCUGAAAACGCUUGUAAUAUUUGUUGAAGCCUCCAAGAAACUAUGCUAUCUAUCUGACUAAUAGAAGAUCGGUGGCUCUGCUCGGUCUUGAAACCAAACAUAAGAGGAAAUCUCGGCUUUUCUUUCACCGAUAAAGCUUGAAAGUCACAGUAUGACCUACUUACAAAACGUAAGAUAUAUGUUAUGUAUAUGGAAAUAUAUCCUACCAGAGUAUAUCAAUUUAUAAAAAGAAUAAAAUUAACCAUUUACUAAAUGUAUUUCCUUCUAUUUACUGAUGAAGAUAAAAACCUACAUAUCUAUAUGUGCUAUAUCGUUUACUCAUUUUAAUAAUGAAAUAAGGUAUAGAAAGAGUUUCUGUAUAUAGUAUAACACCAUAUGGAUAAGUUUUGAUAUGACAUGAUAUUUUACGACAGGAUAUGAUAUAAUAUGAUAUAUGAAUAUGUGAAUUAUAUAUUUUUUUUAAACAUAUGACUGUAAAAUAAUAUCAAGCCUUUGCAUGUCAGCAUGUAUUACCUGUUAACAAAGGUAAUCUGUUGAUAGCACCCGAAAAGAACCCAACAUUUUUGUUCACUGACAGGCAAUUUGCUCCUAUUUUCCUCUACUAAUUUUGAUAAUUUCAUUAACGCCAUGACAUGCUUUUUGUUGAGAUUUUUGCUCAGUUGUUUGUUUUUUCUUCAAACUGCAUCAUUCGAACCGAUCUUUCUUAUUGUUGCAGACAUUUUGGUUUUCAAUACAUUAUAGUUCAUUCUAUAAAAACAAAUAAAUUGUCUAGGAAAAAGAAACAUAUUAUACAAAGCGACUUGUAAAUGAUUCACAGAUUAAUCACGGCGGAUAUUGGAAAAUAUGAUAGGAUAUCCAAAAUAUCCAAUAAAGCGUCUGGUUUUUGUUUGAUUUCUGCGUAAUGCCGUGGCUAAGGGUUAUUUUCAGAAGGUGAAUUGAAAUUAUUUUAUUGUUUUUAUCGUCAUAUAUAAAAAAGGGAAUUAAGGAAUUUAAGUUUCCAUCGAAGAUUUUUCUUUUCUUUUAUGUUCUUAUUUUAUAACUGAGCUUUUUGAAUUAAAAAUUUUAAUGAUAACACACUCUAUUAGAUCGGUUAACGUCGAUUAUUUCGGGUAACAUGGUAAUAACUCGUCUUCUUUCCUAUCUAUUUGUAGUACUUUUUUUUGUGACGUGAAAUAUGAUGUUUACGUGUUUACUUUGACGUCAUUUGUCAGAUGCUAUUUUAAAAGCUGCCAUAUAUACUAUUGAAAGUAAGUUUUCCUCAAUGAACACAAAUAUAAUCUGCACUAAUGUAAAGUUAUGCUAAUCAAAAGAAUCUCAGGAAAUUUACUUUUAACACAAAUUUGCUCAUAGUUCUAGGUACAAACUUGCACGUGCAACUUAGAUAGCCAAUCCUUAUUCCGCAUGCCUUUACCAACUGCUCGUGCAAUUUACUGAAUUAGUUGUUUUCCUGCCAUUUUUCUUUGACGCUGUGCGAGACUAUAUAAUAAGAAAGAAUUAGAUAAAUUAGUCUCAUUCAACUUUAUUUGAGAUCAAAGUCUAUUUUAUAUUGAGAUGUUAUGUAUGUAAUUGUUAUAUAAUUUAUCUGUUGUACAGAUAUGAUUAAAGAUAUUGAAAAUAUUCUAUUUUUGACAGAUAUUUCAUAUUCUGUUUAAAAAUCGUUUAUAAGUAUUAAAAUGUAUAAUAAAACAGAAAUUAUAAGAA